CCCACACCCACAACGCGCAUGCGCACUGGCCUCCCGGGCCCUCACUUCUCAAUCCUCGCUCUCCCCGCCGUUGCCGCUGUGUCUCCGCUUCGACGUUUCGCGUCAUGACCGAGCAGUCUGCCCUGCUGCUGAGGCGGCAGCUUGCGGAGCUGAACCGGAACCCAGUGGAAGGGUUCUCAGCAGGACUCAUUGAGGAUGAAGACAUCUACCACUGGGAGGUGGUCAUCAUUGGUUCUCAAGACACCAUCUACGAGGGAGGGGUGUUCAAGGCCCACCUCACCUUCCCCAGGGACUAUCCACUCAGGCCGCCCAAGCUGAGGUUCAUCACAGACAUCUGGCACCCAAAUGUGGACAAGAGUGGCGAGGUCUGCAUCUCCAUCCUGCACGAACCUGGUGAGGACCGCUUUGGCUAUGAGCAGCCAGGGGAGCGAUGGCUUCCGAUCCACACGGUGGAGACGAUCCUCAUAUCCGUCAUCUCCAUGCUCGCCGACCCUAACGGGGACUCCCCGGCAAACGUGGACGCUGCCAAGGAGUGGAGGGAUGACCCCAAUGGAGAGUUCAAGCGGAAGGUGACGAAGUGUGUGAGGAGAAGUCAGGAAACAGCAUUCGAGUAGCUCACUAACACACUCACACACACACCUACACACUCACUAACACACUCACUCACACACUCACUCACUAACACACUCACUCACACACCUACACACUCA